AGGAACCUGCAUGUCCGAUAGAGGAAGAAAACUUGAUCCCAGUCAUAAUAAAAGGAAUAAGAUGGGUCCAAAGAAAGGAAAUCCUGAAAAAUUACAAGCUAGAGGAAGGAGAUCUCCAAAUAACAAUAAUGACAGGAAGGGCCGAGGAAGUGCAGACCAAGGCUUUGCUGAGGAAGAAAUUUCAAAUGCUCUCGAGAGCAUGAGACAUGUCCCUGAGUCAGAAUUGUCGCCCAAAAAGUAUCUCACAGAAGACCCUGAUGAUACUAACGAUAUCCAAUAUCUCAAAGAAGAAUAUGAGGAAUUCAAAUCAUUGAAGAAUAUCUUUGUCAAUAGGAAACAGUUUAUUCAUUUGGCUAAAAUAAACAGCCCUGCUUACAAGAUUAGAAUGAAGGAAAUAGAGCGAGAGAAAAUUAAAAACUCAAAAUCUAAGUUUAAGAAAGCCAGCGUAAUAGGAGUUCAAAAAGACUCUUCUUAUAAUAAAGGCAUAGAUACAGCUACUGACAAAGCCAUGGACCGAAGCACUAUCAACGAUGACAAUGCUACAGUUGGAGAUAUAGAAAGUUCUGAAGAUAUCGACCCAAGAAUUUUUAAAGUUCAUGGAAAGACUUUCAGAUUUUGAAGAACGUCGCUUAACUGUCUUGACAAUAAGAAUCCUCUGAGAAAAAUAUGAGUAUGGAUAAAUUGCUGGUUCUGGUUUGAUACCUUCAUUAUAUCAUCUAUCAUUCUCAAUUCUUUGCUACUUGGAAUAAUGGAUUAUACUGAUAAAGAUAACAUAUCGUGGAGAAAUAAGAUGGUUGAGUAUACAGAGCCAUUCUUCACAAUAAUUUUCACACUCGAAUGUCUCAUUAGAAUCACAGGAACUGGGCUAAUCAUUGGUCAAGGGACUUACCUCUCAGAUCCAUGGAACUGGAUUGACUUUCUUGUAGUUCUUAGUGGAUUAUUAUCAUCAUUUCCUCAAAUGGCGAAUGUUAGUGGGCUUCGGACCUUUAGACUUUUCAGGCCUUUGAAAUCCUUGACAACUUUGCCAAAUAUCAAGAUUUUGAUUCAAACAUUGCUUGCAUCUGUGUCACAGCUAGGAGGUGUCCUGAGUCUUGCUCUCUUCUUUUUCCUGAUCUUUGCUAUAUUAGGGGUAAAUCUGUUCACAGGGCUUUCUCAUUACAGGUGAAGAGAGACCAAGUAUCCUGUGAAUAGAGAUUGGAUCGCCAUUGCAAACGAUACCAGAAUUUGAGGGGAACGAAAAUGCCCAGUCGGAACUUGUGGAUCCCUCGUAGAGGCUACUGAUAAAUUUCAUAAUGUCAGUGUUAAUAAUAUCUACAGAGACUCUGAUAUCCAGGAGCUAAAUUAUGGGCUUACAAAUUUUGAUAACAUUUUCAACGCUUUUCUAACAAUUUUCCAGUGUAUCACUCUCGAAGGAUGGACAGAUAUAAUGUACAUGAUGCAGGAUGCCUAUACCAAAUACAUCACAAGCUUGUAUUUUGUCUUAGCAGUUGUGGUUUGAGCAUUCUUCCUGAUCAACCUGACGAUAGCUAUCAUGCUCAAAAACUAUGAUGAGCUUGAUAAAAAUGAAAAGAAUACUACUCAUCAAGCCUCUUUGAUAGAGAUAGGGAUGAAAACCAAGCUUCCUAGCAAGCUAAUUUAUUUUAUUGUUAGAGAAGAGAAUCUUAUAGUCAGUAAGAAAGCUAACCGGAGGCUUAAAGAUCAAGGAGAACAUCAAGGUCUUAAAACUCAAAUAAUCACAAGUUUUCUCUACUCUGAUGUGAAAAUUCCUGAUGACAAUUAUUACAAGUGGAAGAUUACUAGAUUUUUUUAUUUUAUUGUGACAGUUCCUUUCUUUGGGACAUUCAUUCUGUUCUGUAUUUUAUUUAACACUAUUUUCCUAUCUCUGGAAAGGUACCCGAUGCCUGAGGGAGAGAAGGAAGCUUAUAAUCGAGCAAACUACUUCUUCUCGGCUAUAUUUGCAAUCGAGGUUAUUCUGAAGAUCAUUGGACAAUCUCCAAAGAAAUUCAUUGGAGACUAUUUCAACAUAUUCGAUUCAGUCAUUGUCCUUGUCUCCAUCCUCGAAGUCUUUGUUAGUAGUGGAAGUGGCGGUGGAGUUAGUGCUCUCAGAGCAUUUAGGCUAUUCAGAAUCUUCAAAUUAUUCCGAACUGGCAAUCUCAGAGUCCUGCUUGACUCUAUAGCCUACACUAUGGGUACUAUCGGAAAUUAUGUAAUCCUUCUUGGAUUAUUUAUAUAUGUAUAUUCUCUUCUAGGAAUGCAAUUCUUCGCUGGGAACCUAAAAUUUGAUGAAGAUGGCUUCUAUGACCCCAACGGUGAAGUUUCUCGUGCAAAUUUUGAUACUCUCUACUGGGCUGCAAUCACAGUUUUUAUGGUCCUUAUUGGAGACAACUGGAAUGUAGUAAUGUUUGAUUGAAUUAAAGCUACUGGAAGAUUAAGUACAAUCUACUUCAUCUCUCUGAUCCUAUUCGGUACAAUUAUCAUGCUGAAUCUCUUCUUAGCAAUCUUACUAGGAAACUUCGAUAAAGCAAGAACAUUCUGGCUGAAGAAAAGCAUCUUUGAGAUGUUCGAAACAGCUAUUGAGAAAAAGUAUUCCCUCAGCAAAGCUAUCAGUAUUAUCCUCGGAGAAGUGAACAAGUCUGUCAAAGAAGAGCUCCUGAUUCACAACGAAAGAGAUAUUUUCAAACUCAACGGCAGACUAAUGAUCAUCAAUAGAGAAUUAAUGGAAAAUGAUCCUGAAGAAAUUGAAAAAUUAGCAUAUUAUGAUCGCCUCUGCACUUACGAAACUGAUUACAAACCUAUCAUCGAAGUGUACUCAGAAGAAGACAAAGAAGAAAUUGAAGAGAAAAUGGAGUCUGAAAACUUCUCAAAACACAAAAAGAGUGACCACCAUAAUGACCUUGAGCAGAUCGAAGAAGAGGAUGAAUACAAGGAAAACCUCAACGAGUCUAAAGAAGGACUUGUUUCUCAAAAGAAGAAUUCCCAAACCGUGCUUAUAAGCCGUCCUGAGGAAGAAAUUGCAAUCAAAAUUCGCUCACCAGAUAAAAAGCAGAAAUAUCAGGAUAGUUCAGUUACUAACCAACUUCAAGUCGAUGAUGGCCAAGAAGAAAUGAAAUUCAUCACAUUAGAGACUCCAAGAGAGAAAGUUAAUGAUCUGGAAGAAAACUCUAAAGAAAACUCAAAGUUACUAGAAAACAGAAAAAUCAAGAAAUCUACCACAUUCGAUCUCAGAGAUCAGCACAGACAAGAGGAGGAAGAAGAAUCAGAAGAGCACAAUCUUUCAAGCCCAGAAGAAGAGAAUGUCCCUGAUGAAUUUCAUGACCAUCCAGAUGAAGAAGUGGACAAAGCGGAAAAUCACAUUCUUGUGUCAAAUAAUGAAAAACCACUCUGGAAAAAGGUUCUCACUCAUAUGGCUAACUCUUCUCUCUUCAUAUUCCAUAAAGAUUGGAGAUUUAGGAAAUUCUUAAUAGACUUGGUUGUUUCUCCUGAGAAUAUAUUAGAGUAUGAUAAUAAGAAGCGGGAAGAAGCAAUGUUUAACUCAAACCCUGAUAACAAGAACGAAAACUUCAAUAAAGAUUUUGAACCCCAAAAUACUUUAAGGGACCAGCCCUCUUUCACCAAGCAGCAAUCAAUGAGAUUCCAAGUUGAUUAUGAUAAGUCCUUUAAGAGAUCAAAGACAGGAUACCAAACAAAUGAUGAUUUUUAUGCAAAUGCCAACCUUGCUAGAACAGAUGCUAAAGAGAUCGCUGAGAAUGGCACCAAAAAGAGAUGAUGCCAGUGCAAUCUUCACCCAUCGAAAUACUUUGAUUAUACUAUCAUCUUCCUUAUUCUCAUCAGUAGUCUCCUGUUAAUCGCUGACAAUCCUCUGAAUGAUCCUCAAUCAGAAUGGUCAAGAGUUCUUGGCAUAAUAGAUAUUGUAUUCUCUCUUUUGUUCUUCUGUGAAGCCAUGAUCAAAAUAAUUGCUCUCGGGUUCAUACAUUCAAGCAUCAAAGCUUCUCCAUAUAUUACCAAUGGAUGGAACAUUCUGGACUUUGUAGUUGUCUCUGCUUCAAUUCUCGAUCUAAUAGUGUUAAUCCAAGAUACCGAUUCCGUUGACACAGAGCAAUUGAAGUCAUUAAAAGCGCUUAGAGCUCUCCGAGCUCUGAGACCCUUAAGAAUGAUUUCAAGAAAUGAAGGAAUGAGGCUUGUAGUCAAUGCCUUAUUCGCAUCGAUUCCCUCUAUGACAAACGUGUUGAUAGUCUGUCUUCUGUUUAUUCUAAUCUUUGCGAGUACAGGAAUUUCAUUCUUUGCUGGAAAAUUCUAUUACUGUGCCUUUAAUGCCUACAGUAAUACCAACACCACAGCUGUAGAUAUUAAUACGAUUAAUGACAAGGAAGAUUGUAUUGAAGCAGGGGGCAACUGGGAGAACAGAGACAGUAACUUUGAUAAUAUAUUCACAGCCAGUCUCACUCUCUUCGAGAUGAUGACCACUGAGGGUUGGCUCGAUGUGAUGUACAGCGGCAUUGAUGCUAAAGGAAUUGAUUUACAACCCAAAAAGAACUCAAAUGUGAUCCUCGCUUUGUUCUUCAUUGCCUUUAUGGUCGUUGGAAGUAUGCUCAUCUUUAACCUGUUUGUGGGUGUAGUCAUCGACAACUUCAAUAAAAUCAAAACUAAUGAAGAGCUAGGAAAUAUGUUCGUGACAGAAUCUCAGAAGAAGUGGAUAGAAAUCCAAAGAAUUAUAAUGCGGAAGAAAUUAAAACUGCAAGAGCAGAAACCCACCAAAGGUUUUCGCCUAAAAUGUCUUAAUUUUGCUAAAAGUAAAGGCUUUGAGUGGUUUAUUACUUGCUGAAUCCUUUCAAAUACUUUGAUAAUGUCUCUAAAAUACUCAAGAAUGGAUGAAACAUAUGAAAAGACUUUAGAAUAUUUUAACUAUGGAUUUGCAGCCAUUUUUAACUUUGAAGCAAUAGUGAAGAUUACAGGAUACGGAAAGUCUUACUUCUACUACUCCUGGAACAAAUUUGAUGUUUCCAUCGUGGUUGGAACAGACAUUGGACUUUUGAUGAAUGUUAUUAACACUGGAAUAAACAUCUCAACAGUUGCUACAGUUGUGAGAGCCUUUAGGAUCAUGAGAAUUUUCAGACUUGUCAAAAGUUCUCAAAAUAUGGCAAUUAUUCUUGACACUAUAGGGUACAUCAUGCCUCAAGUCACCAAUAUUAUGUCCCUAGUAUUUUUGCUGUUAUUCAUCUAUGCUGUGCUCGGGCUGAACCUUUUUGCAACAGUUAUGUACCAAGAUUUCUACAAUGAACGAGCAAACUUCCGAUCUCUUUUUGAUUCAAUCCUACUUCUUCUCAGAUGUCUUACAGGAGAAAAUUGGAACUUAAUAAUGAAGGAACUUGCUCUGAAAGGAGAAUACAAUGGAAUUGAAUGCAAGGAUAACCAAACUUACCAAGAAAUGCAAGAUGAAGGUGUCCUUGGAUGUGGAAAUGAGAUUGCUUACAUCUAUUUUAUUACCUACAUGAUCCUUCUAAGCAUGGUUAUCAUGAAUCUCUCAGUUGCUGCUGUCAUUGAAGGUCUAGCAGAAGCAAGUAAAGAGAACAUGGGGAUUGUUAGUGGAGACCAAAUUGAGUUUCUUAUUGAGAAAUGGAAAGAUUACGACACCAAUGCCUCUGGCCUUAUUUCGUAUCAAGACUUUCUUUUCUUAUUAUAUGAAGUGCCACCUCCUCUUGGACUUGGAAAGUUCACAACUUACUACUCUGACGUAAGAGACGACAAUGAAUUAGGCAACCAGGCGAUGGAGGAGGAAGAUAAGAAAGAUGAUCAUAAGAACAUGAAUAAUCUCGGUCUCCAAGACCGUUACAUGAUCCAUCCAGAGAAGAAAAUUUAUAUUAAAUAAAAGCGAUGCGAUUAAGAUCUUCAAUGAUUAUGCUAUCCCUCUCUAUGAAGAUAAUGUUCAUUUCAAAGAUGUAGCAAAAGCAUUGGUAGAGAAGAUCUUCAAGAAAAAUAAACUAGCUUAUGACUUAACUGAGAAAAUCAAGAAAAGGUUGAACAAGCAAUGGGAAGGAAAAUACACCAACCUCAAAAGAUUCAAGCCAAUUGAUUCCUUGGAUACAGGAACAAUCGAGGCUGGAAAAGCUAUCCUAAAGUUCUAUAGAAGGACCAGAGGGAAUACAGAAGGAGCCGGGUUGAAAAAAGGAAAAUCAAUGACAAUGAAAUCUAAAGACAUAUCUAACCCUAUCAACAAGAAGAACACUCGGUCUCUCCCUAAAAUUAAAAAGGAAGAAAUGAAGCAGAACAAUAACAAGGCAAAAACUGAUGAAUUCAAAAUUGAAGAUAUUUCAAAGUUCCUAGAGGAAGGUGACACAGAUGAGGUCAAAAAGGACACUUAUUUUAACAAAUAUCGGGAAUUAAUGAAUGAAAAGAAUAUUGCAUAUGAUAGAGACAUGAUUAUUCAUAACACAGAAAUAGCCAACAACCAAUUUACAUGGUUCAGAGACCCUAAUUUUAGAAUUGAAGACACUUCUAGCGAAGAGGAAAGCCCACCAACAAGAAGGCGUACUAGCAAGGACAGAAGAAAGGAGUCCAGGAAGUUUAAUUAUUGCAACACUCCGACUCUGAGGAAAAGAUCUCAGGGGAAAUUUGACUUAUCCAAACUUGAUGCCAGACCUAAGAACCUAGGUCAGUUACGACUAGAGAAAGGGAAAGAGUUCAGAGAGCACAAUAUUCUUUUGAAAGAAACCAAACUUCAAAGUCCUAAACACUCAGACUUGCAUUCUAGAAGGCAGAAAAAUUUGAAGAAAACAUAGAUGAA